GAUAUUUUCAGUUCGUACCAUUUGGGUGCUUAGUUUGACCUUUCAGCAUAGACGUUGACUUGAAUUAUGGAAUGUGUGGUUUCUGCAACUGAUGCUGCUGAUUCUUGUUCUUCUUCGUCCAAAUCAAAAACCCAUUGGAGAUACGAUGUGUUUCUGAAUUUCAGAGGAGGAGACACUCGCAGCACCUUCGUAUCUCAUCUCCACAGUGCGCUCUCGAACGCGGGAGUCCACACUUUCAUCGAUGUGGGACUUCAUAAGGGACAGAACCUGGGGCCAGAGCUGCUGCGAGCAAUUGAAGGGUCUCAGAUAGCAAUAGUUGUUUUCUCAAGAAACUACGCGGAAUCAAGUUGGUGCCUUGAGGAGUUGGCAAAAAUUGCAGAAUGUCACAGAACUCAUGGGCAAGUGGUUGUGCCAAUAUUUUACGACGUCGAUCCAUCGGUUGUGCGCAGACAAACGGGUGAUUUUGGAAAAGCGAUGGAAGCAGUUGCUGUCAGAACAUUCCCUAGUAAGACGUUGCUAGAUUCGUUGGUGAGAUGGAGUGAUGCACUCAACCAGGUUGCAAAUUUUACUGGUUGGGAUACGAGGCAAUGCAGGGAUGAAGCAGAACAAGUGAAGAAAAUUGUCCAGGGAGUUUUGGCAGCGCUAGACAACACAUCAUUAUCUAUUACCCAAUUUCCAGUUGGUUUAGAAUCCCGUGUGAAAGAAGUGAUUAUGUUUAUUGAAAAUCAAUCAAGCAAAGCUUGCAAAAUAGGGAUAUGGGGGAUGGGAGGAUCAGGUAAGACAACCACAGCGAAAUCCAUCUACAAUCAAAUUCGUCGUACAUAUGACUAUAGAAGUUUCAUCGAAAACAUUAGACAAGUUUGUGAACAGGACAGUAAAGGGUAUAUUCAUUUUCAAGAACAGCUUCUUUUAGAUAUCCUAAAAUCAGAAGUUAAGGUACAUAGUACGGAAGCAGGGACCACUUUGAUUGAGGAAAGACUUCGUGGAAAAAGCACACUCGUUGUACUUGAUGAUGUGACUAAGUUGGAGCAAGUGCAUGCCCUGUGUGGAAAUCGUAAAUGGAUAAGCUCAGGAAGUGUGUUUAUUGUUACAUCUAGAGACAUACGAUUACUUCAUUUACUUGAAGUUGAUUACAUUUAUACAGUGGAGGAAAUGAAUGAAAGUGAGUCUCUUGAGCUUUUUAGUUGGCAUGCUUUUAGGGAAUUAACUCCGACACAUGAUUUCAUUGAACUCUCAAGAAAUGUAGUUUCUUAUUGUGGAGGACUACCUCUAGCCCUUGAAGUUCUUGGUUCUUACUUGCACAAGAGAACCAAACAGGAGUGGAGAAGUGUGUUAUCUAAGCUAAGAAUAAUUCCCAAUGAUCAAGUUCAGAAGAAAUUGAGAAUAAGCUUUGAUGGUUUAGAGGAUCAGAUGGAAAGGGAUAUAUUUCUUGACAUUUGUUGUUUCUUUAUUGGGAAAGAGAGAGGUUAUGUUACGGAGAUACUGAAUGGCUGUGGACUGCAUGCUGAUAUUGGAAUAACAGUUCUUAUAGAGCGUAGUCUGGUGAAAGUUGAAGAGAAUAAUAAACUUGGAAUGCAUGAUUUGGUACGAGACAUGGGAAGAGAGAUCAUUCGUCACAGUUCUCCACAGGAUCCUGGGAAGCGCACCCGAUUGUGGUUUCAGGAGGAUGUACUAGAUGUAUUGACAAAUAAUACUGGGACAGAAGCCAUUGAGGGAUUGGCAUUGAAAUCGCAUGGAACUGGUAGAGAUUGCUUUGAAGCAAAUGCUUUUAAGGAAAUGAAAAGAUUGAAACUGUUGAAACUUCACUCUGUACAACUCACUGGAUCUUUUGGGCAUCUUUCUAAGCAGUUGAGAUGGAUCUGUUGGCAAGGAUUUCCUCUGAAAUACAUACCUGUAAACUUUUAUCAAGGAAGUGUAGUUGCAAUAAACUUAAAACACAGUCAUCUUAAACUAGUCUGGAAGGAAACUCAGUUGUUGAAGUGGCUAAAAAUCCUCAAUCUUAGUCAUUCCAAAAACUUGACCAUCACCCCAGACUUUUCUAAACUACCUAAUCUUGAAAAACUCAUUCUCAAAGAUUGUCCAAGUUUGUGCAAACUGCACCAGUCCAUUGGAGAUCUCUGCAAACUUCUUCUGCUAAAUUUGAAGGACUGUACAAAUCUUAGCAGUCUGCCAAGGAGGACCUAUAAGUUGAAAUCUGUGAAAACUCUAAUCCUUUCUGGUUGUUUGAAGAUGGACAAAUUGGAUGAAGACAUAGUGCAGAUGGAAUCCUUGACUACUUUAGUCGCGGAAAAUAUUGCGGUGAAACAAAUUCCCUUUUCGAUAGUAAGAUCAAAAAGCAUUGGAUAUAUAUCACUGUGUGGACAUAAAGGAUUGUCACGUAAUGUUUUUCCAUCUAUCAUUUGGUCUUGGAUGUCACCAAAAAUAAAUCCUCUAUCUGGUAUUUACCCAUGUUGGAGCAUGUCAUCGUCUCUAACCUCCAUAGAUGUGCAGAGUAACAAUUUGGGUGAUCUAGCAUCAACGCUUACAAGCCUUUCAAAACUUCGUAGUGUUUUGUUGCAUUGUGACACGGAGUUUCAGCUGUCUAAAGAAUUAAGAACAAUUCUGGAUGAUGUGUAUGACGUAAGUUCAAUUAAAUUAGAAAUAAGGUCAAAUGAAUCGCAGAUAACAAACCAUUCGUUGAGGCCUUAUUUGAUUGGAAUAGGAUGCUACCAUGAAGUCUUCAAUACUCUCAACAAGAGCAUAUCAGAGGGAUUCACUACCGAUGAGUUUUGUGAUGUUUUUCUUCCGGGUGACAACUAUCCACUUUGGUUGACUCGUACAGGUGAAGGACAUUCCGUUCUUUUCAGAGUCCCUGAGGAUCGUAAUUGUCUCAUGACUGGAAUGUUUUUGUGUGUUGUUUAUUCAUCAGCCCUUGAAAAAGUUGCACAUGAAUGCCUUCUUAGUGUCUUGAUAGUUAAUUACACAAAGUGCACCAUUCAAAUAUACAAACGAGACACAGUAAUUUCUUUCAAUGAAGAAGAUUGGAACAAAAUAAUAUCACAGCUAGGAUUUGGUGACCAAGUGGAGAUUUUCGUAACUUUUGGGCAUGAAUUGAUUGUCAUGAAGAUGGCUAUCUAUCUAUUAUAUACUGAAUCAGCUGACAUGCCAAUGAAUCCUUCUUUGGAACCAAAGGAAAAUGCCCUCCUUAGAUUCCUAAACAGAAUUGUAAUGUGUGACUUUUGGUAAGCCAUAUCUUUUUUAGGAAUAAAUCAGUAUUCCUUAUGGUAUCGAAUUAAAUCUUAGUUUCCUUAAUUGAUAAACCUCUGUUGGGUAAACGUUAAAUGGAUGGGACCCACCACUAUGCUGAUUGAGGGAUGUGUCUUCACUUUAGCUAAAGUCUUCCGGAAAGUGCUUCUUGUUUUAUGGUUUUUGUAUUGUGCACUGUGUUUGUCAUUUGUAUGAACCUCACUUAUAAAAGUGUGGGAGAAUAAUUGUAGGAUGCACCACCACCGAGAGAAAGAGAAAAGGAAGAAGGAAUAAGAAAGUUUGUGUGUGCCGAGAGGAAGAGAAAAACAGAGUGAUGCUUGUGAGUUUUUAGAGUGUUGUGUUUACGUACUCCUGUAUUAGAAAGUUCUAAAUAAGAGAUAUAUUUUUAUAGAUACCAACAAAUUGGUAUCAGAGCUGUGAGAACUUGAGUGUCCGAGAAAUAAAAAAGAGAGUGAGAAAUGGCAAACCUUGCAAACAGUGUGUCCCUUCCUCAAUUGACAAAGAAAGUCAACUUUGAUAAUUGGAGUGUGCAGAUGAGAGCUCUUCUUGGAUCCCAAGACGUAUGGGAUGUAGUGGAGAGUGGGUACGAAGAACCCACAGAU